AUGGAGCACAAGUUAUCAGCGAAAGCAACCAAAAUACGCCACCGUCUGACCUUCACCAGAAGCAGCUCCGCACGAGGUACAGCCUUAACAUUAGUCUCGCCCAUUGAGACCAAUCCAUCAACCAGCCGUCCCCAGUCAGCGCCAAAUCCCGAGUCUCCCACACAAAACGAGCCAACAUGGGACCUCAAGGAUCCCGAUUCCAGCCGAGGCUACAAUUUCACAGAUGAACUGGGCUACUUCCGCCCUGUAUCGCCGUUCAUUGACCGCCAAGACAUCAAAGAAGACCUCGAAGAUGAUAUCAAACAUGCAUGCGCCAUGCUAUCUCACAGCAUUGAUCGUGGCAUCCCAGCCGUACUGUCCCACCGGAGCGCCGUGCCAGUCUGGACAAAUGCAAAAAAACCCGCUGGUCAGCCUAGUGCCGAUGCAGCUCCUCUAUCUUUAGAACAACAUGUUAUCCUUCUAUCGGCGCCCAAACCAAUCAACCCCGAAACAGAAAGCACCAAACAUGAUUCCGGCGUCGGUAUGAGCUUCAAUUCUACCAGCCAACCAGGGAGACCAUACGACAACAGCGCAUCGGGCACAAAUACUUCAGCCCGGUUCUAUAACAAACGACCCUCCGCCUCACCACCACACAGCCCAUCAGCAGUAACCCCUUCCCGGAGCCAGAGUCUAGCAACAACCUUCGAAGAAGACCAAAGAAUGCGAGCAUACUCGUCAAGCCCGGUUCCCUUCCCAUACAGUCCUCCCCAACCCAACAGCGAAUGGAAAUUCGAGCCAAUGACGCUCGACAGUCCAGUCAGCCCACUCAGUGAAACCAACUCUCAGCUCGAAGCCACCGAAUCCGAGCUCAAGACAGAGCCACCAAAUGCCGACAGAAAUAAAAACAAACCCGAGACAUUCUCUCCAGCCCUAUCCCCACCUCUCGGCGGGGUAGACAAGACUUGGCUUCGCGCUAGCAGAGAAAUGCAACGCCAAUUCGAAGAAAAAUUGACCCAAACCAAAGAGACAAAACCAGUGAUCCGGUUCUACAGUUCCUACAACCAAACAACAGGCGAUUUCAAUCCCCGUGAAUGGCCGAAGAAUUUCUGGGAUCGGGAUCCAAGUGUCUACAGCGAAGUCUCACUAGCUUCACCACGGGCUGGAACCACAUCGAGACCAGAAACAGGAAACCCGAGAUUGGGUACUGCUUCGACGAAUGAAGAGGUGUCUGGCGGAUACCCGUAUCCAACGUUUGUCGGGUCCAGCGGGAUGUCUUACUCGUCUUCUUGUUUGGGCAAUGAGAUUAAGAACCAGGGACGUGUUUACUCUGUUGAUGUACCUGCUUUGUCGCCUAAAAAUAACCGGCGGAAGAAGGCUUCGCUUUUGUUAAGGAAGUUGGCUGGGCUGGGGAUGAAGCGGAAGGAAAAUGAGAAUGGAGUCUGUUGA